AUGAGCAGCAGCUAUAACACUAUAGACUCUUCUCCUGGCAAAUGGACUGGGAGAAUAUUUGUGAACAACAUAUCUCAUGUUGUGGAAGAAAUCCUUAGGAAGAAGCAGGCCCUCACCACAACGCGAGGAUUGGAUGUUUCAGACGGGGAAGACGGAACGCUCAAGAUCCAGCUCGCCAAUUACCUCGACAAAUCAAGAAACAGCAGAGAGGCUGCAGUGAUUGCAAUUGGGAAGUGGUUUGCACGACACAACAUGUCUUUCACAACAGCACCUGAUGGCUACGAGGCCCAUUUAAGAUCAACACUCGACAAAUUUUUCAACGGAACUGACACAGAGUACCAUGAAUCACCCGAAUUACAACCAGGAUGGACCAUAACAGCUUUUGAAACCUCAAUAUCUGCUACUUGUACUACAGACACCAUUGGUGGUCCGGAUGACCAUAGCAUCCCUCCAGCAGAACAACAGUCAUCCGGUAGGGAGGAAACGGAUGAGAGUACUUCUAUGUAA